AUGACAAAUCCAGUUCAAAAGAAGCUGGUCUUUAUUGGUGACUCUGGCGUCGGGAAAUCUCGUUUAAUUAUUCGCAUUCAAUGCGGUGAAUACAACGAUCAAUUCCUUCCUGCCUUCCGUGGCGGGUACUGGCACAAUACAGAUGUCGAUAGGAGACCAGUUGAACUCGAAUUGUGGGAUACAGCCUCACAAGAGGAUUACGAUCGUUUACGGCCAUUAUCUUAUCCAGAAACCGACGUCUGCAUACUCUGCUUCGCCAUUGAUAGCGUCACAAGUCUUCAAAACGUUCGUGACAAAUGGGUUCCCGAAUUUCUUCACUUUAGGACCAAGCUGGAUGCGCCUUUUUUGCUCGUUGGGUGCAAGGGCGACCUUCGACAUGACGCCGUCGGGGCAAGCGUGGAGCAAAUCGAGUCGAUACGACAAGCCAUUGGAGCAAUCAAGUAUGUAGAAUGCUCUGCCAAAUAUAAUGAAGGCAUCAAUGAGCUUAUCAUUACCGCGGCAAGGGCAGCCCUCACGACUUCCGGGGCCAAGAAGAGGCGAAUAUGCGUUGUUCUGUGA